GAAUAGAACCAAAGAGUAUGGAUCCUUGCAGUCACGAAAGCUUUAAAUCUAGAAUCGAGGAGCUCUCCACAACUCUGGCUGUGCGCCUGACGAUGCCGGUUGCAAUUACAGGCGAGACGUCAGGGUCCCCAGAUUGUAAAUGUUGUUAAUUUGCUCUGAAACACACCGGUGUGCUGUACUAGUAACGAAUCGGCAUGGUCUGUUUACGUGACAAACCUUACUAAUUGGCAGUGUCGGGUGGUGGCGGGUUUAACGACACACGCAUCUCUUGACGCGAUCUAACCCAAAAAACGCCUCUGUUUGGGACAUCGGAAUCGCGUCGUGACAACGAAUCGAAUCGCGACAGCAACGCGACCUCGGAAUCGAAUCGCUGGCGAAUUUGUAUUCCGCACGCGGAGUGGGGAGUUGAAGGACCGCGGCGCGCACCCAUCGCAGAGCCUCGGUGCGGCGGGGAAGGACGACCCCCUUCCUCCUCCUCCUCCACCUCCUCCACCGUGUGCCCCGCAUGGAGGAGCAGGGUGCCGGCCUGCUGCGGCGCCACGAGGGCGGCUGCCACUGCGGCGCUGUGCGCUUCCUCGUGUGGGCGCCUGCGCACCUCCGCGUCCUCGACUGCACGUGCAGCAUUUGUACAAAGAAGCAAAACAGGCACUUCGUUGUCCCAGCGUCGCGAUUCAAGUUGCUGAAGGGAGCCGAGAACCUCACAACGUACACAUUCAACACGCACGCAGCGAAGCACACCUUCUGCAAGACGUGCGGGGUGCAGAGCUUCUACACGCCCCGCUCCAACCCGGACGGCUUUGGUGUGAUGCCCCACUGUCUGGAACCUGGAACGGUAGACAGUGUCUCCGUGGAGGUAUUCGAUGGGCAGGAGUGGGAGAAGUCCAUGGCUGAGCACGAAGACAUCCGUCGCAGGUCCCAGGAGUGAAUGAUCAGCUGUACAGAUCCCGAGGUGUGACGACAUUCACACAAGGGUAUGGGGGCUAUGCUGCUUACGCAUACCUCGAUCUUGGUAAUGCUCUUCGGGUGGUCGGGCGGUUACGGUGGUGCACCCCCAGUCGUGGAACUCCCUACCAUGGGGAUGAGGCUCUCGAUGUGUUUUGGCAUCUCUAAAUCACGACUCAAAAGCUUUACGUUUAAAAAAAAAGUUUUCCACAGUUUUGGUCCUCUGGCUAUAAUUCUGCCAACCCAGUUCUCUCUUUAAAACAUUUCUUCCUUUCAUACACGGCACCUUCAGACUUUUUUGUGAAAGGCACCUAAUAAGUGCAAAUUAUUAUUAUUAAGUGCCCCCAGUCACUGUCUUGCAUACUGCUAUGUCUUUGGAUGUAGUUCUGAGCAUUCAGUGCAUAAAAGGCAACAAUUUUAAAUAUCAAAUGUCUCACAACUUGUCAUUCCACUUGCCUUGGCCCCUUUUGCAAAAAUGUCAAAUAUGGUUUUAUGUGUGGUUAUAUAUUACACGCAAUGAUGGUUACAGAAAAUGAGUUAUGUUUCUCUUGCAACGUCGGCUUUCAGUGCCAACACUAAUUACAUUACAAAAUUAAACAAUUGAAAACCUUGUUCUACAA